CUACUAUAAAUACACUACACCCACCACCUAUCACUCGUCAAACAAACAUAAUUCCCUACCCUUCUGUGACAAUCACCAUGGCAAAGCUCGCACUUCUCGGUGCUCUCUUGCUUGCUCUUUUGUUCCUUGCCACUGCCUCUCGAACCACCAUCACCACCACCGUGGUGGAGCAAGGGAACCCGAGGGAAUCGCAGGAAUGCCGUGAGCAAAUCCAACGGGAGCAGCAACUCCCCCAUUGCCAAAGGUACUUGUCGCAGAGAAGCCCCUAUGACCUGGCUCUGAACCCACGAGAGCAGGAGGAGCAAGAGCAGUACCUCCGCCAGUGCUGUCAACAGUUGCAGAACAUUGACGAGGAGUGCCGUUGUGAGGCUGUAAAUGAGGCGGUGAGGCAGAGACAGCGGCAGCAGGAGGGUGGCAGGCAGGCUGAGGAGAGGCGACAGAUGGAGCAGAGGGCUCAAGACCUUCCCCGCAGAUGCAACUUGGAGCCACAGCAAUGCCAAAUCCGAGCCAUCUGGUUCUAAAUAAAUAAAUUUAAAAAAUAAAUAAAUAAUCCACGGGCAUGGUAAUAACAAGUUGUCAU